GCCCCGCCGGACCCUCCUCGGGACGCCUCUGGCGACCUUCGAGACGCUGGAGGCGAGCGUCGGGACGCUGGAGGCGACCUACGGGAUGCUGGAGGAGGCGAUCCUCGGGACGACGGAGGCGAGCUUCGGGGCGAUGGAGGUGUUCUUCGGGGCGCGGGAGGCGCUCAACGGGACGCCCUUCGGAGCGCUGGAGGCGAUCUUCGGGGCGCUGGCGAUCUCCAGGGCGCGCUUCGGGACGACGGUUACCUCCUGGACACUGGCGAUCUUCGGGACGCGGGCGGUCUUCGGGACGCGGGGGACCCUCGGGGUGCUGGCGAUCGCCGGGACGGCGGCAGCCCAGAGGGUGGCGACGGCCCCGGCCCAGGAGUGGCCGGCGCAGCUCCCCGGAGGGGACUUCGACGUGUUCGGCCUGGUGACUCAGGCGGCGGCCCAGAGGGUGGCGGCAGUCCCGGCUCUGGAGUGGCCGGCGCGACGCCCCGGAGGGGACCGCGACGUGUUCGGCCGGGUGACCCAGGCGGCAGCCCAGAGGGUGGCGGCGGUCCCGGCCCUGGAGUGGCCGGCGCGACAACCCAGAGGGGACCUCGACGUGUUCGGCCUGGGGACCCAGGCGGCGGCCCAGAAGAUGGCGGCGGUCCUGGCCCGGGAGUGGCCGGCGCGACGCCCCGGAGAGGACCUCGACGUGUUCGGCCUGGUGACCCAGGCGGCAGCCCAGAGGGUGGCGGCCGUCCCGACCCUGACGCGGCUGCCGCGACGCCCUGGGGAGGGAGGAGACUGGCCUGUGCCGCCGAAGGCGCGGAGCUACCCGCAGCCCCCGGGAGCCUCUGGAGAUUUCGGCCUGGAUCGGCCUGUGCCGCCAGGGGCGCGGAGCUAUUACCCGCAGCCCCCAAAGACCUGUGGAGAUUCUAGCUUGGAUCGGCCUGGGCCGCCGGAGGCGUGGGACGACCCGCAGCACCCGGAGGCCUCUGGAGGUUCGGGCCUGGAUUGGCCGGUGCCGCCGGAUGCGCGGAGCUCCCCGCAGCCCCCGGAGGCCUCUGGAGAUUUUGGCCUGGAUCGGCCUGGGCCGCCGGAGGCGCGGGGCUCCUCUCAGCCCCCGGAGGCUUCUGGAGACCUCGCCCUGGACCGGCCUGUGCCGCCCGCGGCGCGGAGCUACCCGCAGCCCCCAGAGGCCCCUGGAGGGACGACGACCUCGACCACGGCGGGCGGCCGUAUUAUUAAGGACUGCGGAGCAGCCAACGCGGAGACGGAGGGGGGCCCCCGGGCGCGCGACACGGCCAGCGCCCAGGAGGCCCUGGCGAAAAACCCACCCACCCACCCGCGGGGCGAGCGAAGCCUGCGGCUAAACCCAUCUGAACGCCCUCACCCGGGCGGGGAGACUCCCGCCGCUGGCGCCGACUCAGAGGCCGAGCAGAAGGCCCUGGCGAGGGAGGACCCCGACGCCGACGGCAAGCUUGACCCCGACGACGACGGGGGCGAGGGCAUCGAGGUGGAGGACGUCGGCGAUCCGGAGAGUGGGAUGGAGGCCGUGGCUGCCACCGCGGUCCCGCUCGCGGAAUCGAGGGGAGGAAGACUGGAGGAGGCUGGAGCGCAGAUGGACGGGGAAGGCCCUGCCCUCGGCCUUGGAGUCCCGCUCCUGGGAGCCGCCGUGGGCGUUGCCCAAGGGGGCUUGGCUGCCGGCGGCCCUGGUGGCGAGCUGUUCGCGCCCACGCUGACCUCGGCGACGCUCUCGCUGGCCGGCGGCGCCGACGCUGGCCUCGGCGGCGCGGGCGCCAGCGGCCCGGCUGACGGCUCCGGCGGGGUCCCCGACGGCCCCGGGGGGGGCCCAGGGAAUUCUGAGCGCGCAUGCAUGAGCGCUCAGAAUUCGUCCCUGGCGGCUCCCGGCGCGGCCCGGGCGCCCGCUGGCGCGGGCGGCGCGACCGCCGAGGAGGGCGGCGCGGCGGCGGAGGAUCGCGAGGGCGAGGCGCGGACCCCAGAUCGGGGCCCAGCAGCCCCUCCGCGCUGGCGCGACCCCGGCACGCCUCUGGGCGGCGAGCGGCCAGCGGCAACCAGCCCAGACCUGGUCGGGGAUGGCCCUGGCGCAGUGCCCUUGGGCGGGGGGCCGUCGCCGCGCGCCGACGCCGAGCUCCCCGACGUGGAGCCGCUGCCGCCGCUGCUGGCCGCUGCCGCCGCAGGCCCGCCAGAGGUGGGCGUGCCGCUCGAGCGCUCCGCGCAGGCGUCGCAGAGCCAGCGAGCGGUGCCAGGCGGGAUGGCGCCAGCGCCGCUGGACCCCGCCGGAGCGCCUGCCGACGCGGCCGCACCGCCCCCGCAGGCUGGGCGCCAGGCGCAUGCCGAACGCCGAGCGGAGGACGAGGGAGAUGACACGUCCGACGCCAGCACUGACUUCGGCACCGACCCCCCCGAGCACGGCGACGACGACGAGGCGGCGCAAGACGCGGCAAGCACCGACGCCAGCAGGGAGGACAGCAACGACCCCAUGGAGCACAGCGACGACGAGAAAAUGGCCAGCCUCGGAGUCCGCACCCGCGGGUGCCCGGCCGAGCCCCGCGAGAUCCCCGCCGCCGGCGCCGACUCGGGAGCCGAGCGAGCGCAGGAGACAGCGGCAUGGCCCGCCCUGAGGCCGGCGUCGGCGUCGCCGCUGCGGACGGGGGCGAAGCCGGCAGGUGGGGCGUCACCCUGGGAGGGGGCAAGGCCCGAGCUGGAAGGGCUCCUCCGCCCUCGCUUCGAGGCCCUGGAAGGGCGGCCCGGGCCCCAGGCCAAGGCCCCCAAUGACCCCCCCGGAGCGGAGGGCACCCCUGCCGACGCCGACGACCACGGGGGAGCGACUCGCCAGGCGCGCGUGUUACCCACCCCGACGCUGAGGGCGGGGGAGGACCGCGUGGAGGAGCUGGAGUGCCAUUGCCUGGACCAUGCUGGUGGAGAUCUUGGCUGGGGCGACCCCAGCGACGACGACACCAAGGAGGGGGUCACGGCGGAGGACAGCCCCGACGACGCCGAGCUCGGGGGGGCGGAGCUUCCCCCAGAGAUGGCGACGCUGGACGGGCCUGGUGGCAGCGCCGCCGGCCACAUCCGCGGCAGCUACGACGGCGGCACCUACCGCCUCACCGGCGGCGCCGACGGCCCCGCCGGCGGCCUC